AAAUUGUUUUCAUUAAAAUAAGACAUAUUUUCAUGGAUAGCCUGCAGCUAUAUUCUUGGCACGGUUGCCAAAUACUAAAAAUAAGACUUUUAGAAACUGAAGCUAAAUAAGUUAUUCAAAUAUGUGUUUGUCACAUUAGAAUUGUUUUCGUUAAAAUAAGACAUUGGCAUCUCCUUAGAAGGCAGAAAAAAUAUUUCUACCAGCUGUCAGAUAUUCGCACAAGCAAGGACGAUCCCUCCAACAGUUCAAAGCUAACUGUAUUUUAAUUAUCACGACCUAUUUUUUUUUAUGUCAGUCAUAUCAAGUUGAAACGUUUGACAUAAUCAAUUACGGUGUUCUUAGCUAAGUGACUAUUAUUUACCGAAAUUAAUUUAACUAAUCGCUUGUUUGAACUGGACUUGCUUUGGUAUCCCGCGAGAACGAAUUUCAAAUGAAAAAAAAAAUCCAUUAUUAUUGAUUGGUAGGACGCAGGACGCCACUGGGAGCGACACACUUUGUUCAACUUGCGAUAGUUUUAGCAUCGAAACCCUCGAACGUUAGCGAUACACGUGUAGAACACAAAGACGUUUUUCAAGCUAGAAACUGAAUCUUGAGAGGUGACGAUUUGAUUCGCUUUCUGACAAGCAGCGUCUAAGUAUUUCAAGAGCUGAGUGAAGGUUUGGAUAUCACGAUGGCGCAAGGAAACGUAACGCAUCGCUGUUUUUUCUUUGAGCCAAGCGGUGAUGGACUCUCAAUAGUUGGGUUUGGCCCCAUGUACAUAACCACCAUUGUUACAUGCGUGGUGAAUUCCCUUUUCGCCGUUACGGCAACUCUAACUAACGCCGUCAUUCUAGGAAUUAUAGUCAAGGAUGAGACUCUUCAUUCGCCCGCUAAUCUACUGAUUGCCUGUUUAGCUGCCUCGGAUCUCGUUAUCGGCUCUGUAACGCAGCCGUGUUAUGUGGCGUAUAAGACCGGUGAGCUGCUUGGCGUAACACGAGUGUCAUGCGUGUUUCGGAUGAUUCACUGGGUCUUCGGGUGGAUCUGUACCGGAGUCUCCAUGUUGACAAUAACGGCCAUUGCUGUCGAGAGAUUCCUCGCUCUUCACCUGCACCUACGAUAUCCUGUUAUUGUGACGACUAGCAGAAUACUCAAGGUCAUAGCUACAUUUUGGAUCGCGUGCAUUGCGAUUAUCUCAUCGCUGUUCGCACUCAAUUCAGACAGGUAUUGGACAUUUUUACCCGCACCUAUACUAUUAAUAAAUAUCAUUGUGACCAUCGUAGCUUACUGGGAAAUCUUCCGCGUUCUACAAAGACAUCGCAAUCAGAUCCGUGACCAGAUGGCGUUACAAGUCUUCAGUGAGGAUAACGCAAGUAACGCGAGUGGCGUGACAUGUAAAGAGAGUAGUAGCAUUACCUCACGCGGAAGUGCCAAGGGGUUAAACUUCAAGCAUUACCGGAAGUCUGCCGUGACGGCCGUGUAUGUGUCGUUACUGCUAUUGCUGUGUUACGUGCCGUUUUUCUGCGCGAUGAUUACGCGUGUGGUCGUGGGUUACGACACGCGAGUCAAGGUAGCGUACGAGUGCGCGGCGACCCUGGUGUACAUGAACUCCACUAUUAAUCCCGCGUUGUACUGGAGACGAAUUCCUGAUAUCAGGAGAGCUGUGCGUAAGUUCUUGAGGCGCUUCUGCUGCUGUCGGGAUCUGCCCGUAGAGACAGACACUUUGAGCCACAUGGGGAGUAGGAACGUUAGCUUUAUUCGCAAGGAGAGUCACAUUAGCGGAACAGGCCUUCAUGGUAUUACCUAACUUGAUAGACGUUUUUGGGUGCGCUCUCGCCCCGCCGCAACAUGCUUAGGCGAGGCGCUUAUUCGGGAGAGUCGCAUAUUCAUUUUUCAUCUUAGGCAAAGCGUUUAUUUGAGAAAUUGUGUAGUUCCAGAAAAUAUCCCUUACCCCCAUUCAGGGGUUUGGAAAUUCCGGGGGGUGGGGGGUUCAAACGCCCAGGAAUUUCCAGAGGGGAGGGGGUAAAAUGCCCUUUUUCCUUAACAGUUACUGUAUUUAUUUUUUUCCAGAGGGGGGAAGGUCCAUGCCUCCGACCCCUUCAUAGGUAUGGAUAUUUUCUGAAACUACACAUUGCGGUUUCCAGUUUCUCGUGUGGUCUUUAAUAUGGAGGUAGAUGGUCUCAAUUAUUAAAUAAGAAUUCUAGCUGAGCAAUGGUAGGGAAACCUUAACGUAAAAAUUGGCUAGACUUCGAUGUGAUUUUCGCGUCAUUUUAAUUGUGUGAACUGCGCGACCUUCAAAAUACAGCGAAAUGAUAAUGAAAGAAGAGAGAGAGCGAGAUUUAAGCCCCGUGCAAACUGCGCCAGCAACUGCCAGCAUUGCUGGUGAAUUUUCACUUGACUGACUAUAGGACAAAGGAAAUGUCAAAAUGGGAGUUAGACUUUUCGACAUUUCCUUUGUCUUGUGGUCAGUCGAGCAAGAAUUCGCCAGCAAUGCUGGCCGGUUUUGGCGCAGUUUGCACAGGGCUUUAGAUGAUUUAGAAGUUUCUAGAUACAUCUCUUUUCAAAAUAUAAAUAACAAAAUCAGGAUAGUUAAAUUAUUGGGGUGCAGAAUUACGAAAUUAAAAAAAACGUUCACAUGGA